AGCGAUUCAUCACAAGGUGGAGAAAUUGAGAGAGGAGGAUUGUAAUUUUUCGCAGAGGAGUUUGUUUACGUUUUACAGUUAUAAUUCUUAGGACUUCGGCGCCCUGAUCAUCAAGAUGCCAGAAAGAAAGAUCCUCGAUUUGGAAGAGCUGAUCCUGGAUUAUGCCCGCGGAAUAUAUGAAGACAGGGAACAAACCCAUUUGGAGAAGACUUUUAAGACGAAGCUGCCUUGGGAUAAGGUUGACAUUCGGGUGGAUAGGUCCAAACUAAGCGUCCAGCAUGAGGAUCCUCUCCAUGUCCCGGACGAUUCAGUUGGGAGACACGAGCCACGAAACACAGUCCUCUUCAAAUCGAAAUACAAUAACACGACAGAGAACGACAUGAGUUAUUCCGUCUCGACGACGCGUCACACCCGGACGACGGUGUCCUGUACCAUCACCAAGGGCUUCUGCUUCGGUGUUGAAUUCGAGUUCAAGAUUGGAACCCCAGUCUUGGAGUCGACUGUCACGGCGUCUAGUGAGUUGUCCUUUGAGAAAAGCGAGGAGACGACGCGAGAGCAGGAGAUUUCGUGGACCAUAGACACUGUUAUUAAUGUGCCGGCAAAAAUGCAGACAAAUGUUGAACUGGUUGUAAAAGAGGAUGAGUACAAGGGCACAUUCAGAGCGAGGACAUACUUCAGAGGAAAGGUGUACGUGAACAUUAGGAAGGACAACACGGACUUAUGCAGAGUGAUUAUUUCUGACUUGAGGAAGAUCUUCACCAAGAGGCGUGGGUUUGAAUCCGACGAAACGGAUCAGAAGGUUGUCUACUACGAAACGCGGGGGAUUUGCAAUUGUAAGUUUGGUGUGGAGCAGGAGGUUGUGAUUAGUGAACAACCAAUCAGUCCGAAACUAUUGAACGGGAACUCUCAAGACACAACCGAUCGUUAUUAGUUUGUCUUGUGGAUACAAUGAAAUGAUCGACUUUGUAUGAAGAUUGUGCUUCCCUGCGAAACCGCACACAGACGAUUCCGUCAGCCACAUCUGCGUAGUUUGAGAAUUACUAUAGUAUCAGCGAACUUAGAGGUUCUGAAACAAGUUGUCCCUGGGAAAAAAGAUGUGUUAAUGGAAGCCGGACUAUUCUCGUCUUUGGGGCUGUGAAGGCUCGGAUGCUGACUCACCACAGGGACCAAGAGGUCCUGCUUCGAACCCUAUACUCAGAGAGACUCAGACAGCGACAGGUCUCUUAUUUCUUAGUUUUUGAUGUCUCAGAGAAAGAUAUUUUGUAUGUGAACAAGCCGUUCAAACGCUUCUUAGUUGCUUCAGUUGAAUACGUUACUGAGUCGAGACUGGUACAUUUUCUGCAAGUCUUGUGGAAAUCUUUGGAGUUAUUCUGUUGUCCUGGUCGAGAAGAGAUGACAGUGAAUGUGUGCCUUUUAACAAGGUCUUUCUAAUUGUAAAGUUUUUAAAACAUGUUUUUUUAAGAGAGACAACCAUCCUUACCUUCAGGGCCUCAUACUCGGCACUUAGAGAGCUUCUCUGUGCGUGUGGGGAGGAGCAAUAAGAGGCAAGGAUAGAUAAACUCAAGUACAAUUCAACAGUAGAUCUGUUUUCAUGAUAGGGUUUCUGCCCAUGCCUUUCUCAACACAGUGUCCCAAAGUGUCCAUGAAAUGAAUAGCCCAUACUGGAGAAUUACAGCCAAUCUGUCAAGUUUCAAAUUUCGACCAUCGUUCUCUCAUUAGCUUCCUGGUUCAAUCUGGCUCCUGCCAAGACAUUCAUUUCACCAUAUUGUCAACAAGGAAGAGAUGCCCCAUGGUGACCAUUGUUCUGUGAUAACCAGACCGAGACAAGUCACAACCAGAUUGAGACAAGUCAUAACCAGAUUGAGACAAGUCACAACCAGAUUGGGACAAGUCACAACCAGAUUGAGACAAGUCACAACCAGAUUGAGACAAGUCAUAACCAGAUUGAGACAAGUCACAACCAGAUUGAGACAAGUCACAACCAGAUUGAGACAAGUCAUAACCAGAUUGAGACAAGUCACAACCAGAUUGAGACAAGUCACAACCAGAUUGAGACAAGUCACAACCAGAUUGAGAAGUCACAACAAGAGCCAUUUGAGACACCCUAUAUUGCCGAUAGUCCACUUUUUUAGUUUGUAACCUUGCUGAGAUUAAGAAAAGGUUAGGCUUAUCAUGUGCAAUGUAAUUAUGUGUAAAUAUGCAUUCCCAUCUUUGAUAAAUAUACAUUGCUAUCAACUCAAAUAGGAAUUCCAGCUAAAUUUUUCAAUAACUUGAAAUGCAUCCUUACAAGGACAAACCCAUGGAGGCUUCAGGCCCAGCCGUCACACGACUGAUCUUUCACCCUGAAACCCCAUGAAAAGCUUUACUCCUUUUUCAAAGUUGUUGUCAACAUGUGCAUCUUCCAGCACUUGCACAGUAUACUUCAAACUGAGUAGAAACACAAUGCCAGUCAUACUAUUUUGAAACACGGGGCAGAAACUAACUUAUGCCAACAGAAAAAACAACACUUUCAACAAUUAUCUGCUUACA